AUGUGGUCGAAUGAACCAUUAACUAUUUUUCGUCGAACGAUGGUAACUAUUUGUUGUUUAUUUGGAUUACCUGGAAAUAUUCUAACGAUAAUUGUUGGAAUAAAAGCACUUAAUCAUCGAACAAUACAUUUUCAACCAAAAGGAUUUCAUCUUUACCUUAUUGAAAUAUCUAUUUUAGACACAUGUUUACUACUGUAUUGGGUUAUUGAUACGUUAAUUGCUUAUCUUUAUGCAAUGCAAAAAAUUGAAUUUUUCUCUCUAAUGCAUAUAUCUGCAUUUUCAUGUUUUUGUUCUUACAUGAUUAAUCGAUUAUGUGCUGCACUUUGUUCAUGGCUCAUAACAUGCUUCACAUUUAUACGUUUUAUUCAUAUAUUCCGCCAAUUUAAUACAAUGAAAUCUAAUAUAAUCGUUCUCACAGCUCUUAUUAUUAUAUUUUCAAUAGCGAAUAGUUAUUCUAUGCUUGUAUUAGAAUAUAAUCCAGAACGAAAAUAUCUAAUCAACGAAACAAUAUUCACUUAUAAUACGGAGAAAAAUUCAACAUCAUUCUUUCAUCAUACACUUUGUACAAUACGCUCUGAAUAUGCAAAUGAUCGAUUAAUGUUAUUACUUAAUAUACUUGUUGCUGGCGUUUUAAAUCUAGCAUUACCAUCUAUAUUGAUAAUUAUUGUUAAUAUAACUAUGUUAUCCUUUAUAAAACGUAUUUAUUCAACACAAACUCGUAAUAAAACAAGAUGCCGUACAGAUUCAGUCAAUUAUCGCUCAACACGUUCAACUCUUGUUGUUAUAUCGAUGACAUAUGCCAUAUUUUAUUUGCCUUAUUUAAUUUUUUAUUUUCUCAUGAUUAUGUUAGAAGAUACUGAUGGUACAUUACAUAAUUGGUCGGAAAUAACAUAUAUACUACGCCAUGUUAGUCAUUCGGUAAAUUUCUAUGCGUAUAUAUUUACAAAUCUUCGUUUUCGACGUGAAAUAGCAAGGCUAUUUCGUGUUAUGUGUCGGUCAUGUUCUGAUUCUAAAAACCAAAACCGUUUUAAGCAAAAAAAGAAAUCACAAGUUAUUCUAUUAGAUAAAUGCCGUAUACCGGUACCCUACACAAAUUCCAUGACUAAACAAUCUCAACGGCGUUCAUGUGUGCAAAAUUUAAGUCGCAUUGAUUUACGAAAACAAAAGAAUUUAAUCGGUGGAAAAAAUCUUAUUUAA